UAAAUAAAGAGGGCAAUAUAGUCUUUUCAUGUAUGCAAGGGACGAAAAACGUAACAAAAUGAUAGCAUAAGACGAUCCGAGUGCAAAAAAAACGUUAGGGACUAAUUGCGUAAUUUUUACCAAACCACAAAGACGAUUUCAAUAAUUUACUCUAUUUUUUACUAUGAAGACAAUAAAAAUAUCUAAAAUACAUACUGAUUUUACAUUUAAAUUCAUAUAAAUCUACAAGUAAACUAUAUAAUAAAAGUGAUCAAAAUCAAAACAAUACAUUUUUCACUUAGGAUGGAACAAAAAUAUAAAGGCACACUUUUCCCAUAUAAAAACGUGCCAAUCUUUUUUAGAUUAUACUCAGCUAAAUUUUUUGGCACAAUAUUUAACUUAAAGUUAUUUAAAUAUUUUGAUGGAUUAAUAGAUUUUAAAUGGUAAAUGUCAAUUAAACGUUGAACUGUAAUUAAAAAAAAUGGUAAAAGAAAAGCGAUGAAAUAGGGAGGAAAAAAGGGUAAACACAUUUUAAGGAGGAGCCUUUAAAGGUUGAACCUUGUUCUUAGAUAUUUGAUACAAAGACAGACGACAGAGGACAGACGUGUCAAUUCUUUCUCUGUGGCAUAGAAAUCGCGCCCAACAAACAACAAUUGAAAUAAUUCUUUUACCAUCUAUCAAACUGAUUUCAACCCUCCGUCUUCCGCAUUUCCUAUGUUAUGUAAAUCAACAACACACAAAUUCAUACACUUUCUCCAUUACUUUUCGUUUUCGUUUUCCAUCUGCCACAACUUCAUCUUCGUCGCUUUCUUUUUCUUUUGAUUUUAUAACAACAGAUAUUUCGUAGGGUUUUGUAUUUUCCAAUGUAUUGAAAUAGGAAACACUGCUUGAGAGGUAAUAUUGAUUAUAUCGCACGACAAUGUUUUCCAUAAAUUGAACGAGUCUUUUAUCUCAAUUUAAGGAUUAGUGAGAAGAUGACCGAUGUUCAACAGCAAUUUCCACAGAAGCCUGAGACCGCUGCUGCUACCACUACCGAUGCUUGUUUGGAUUUCGAAAGAAGAUUUGAGGAAUUAAUGAGGGGGCAAUUGGAUGAUUGUAUGUCAUUUGCAUCAUGCAGCUCCCCGCGUGGUGAUGAUGAUGACGAGACUGAGAUUGGUGGUGAUCAGCUCAUGAGAAGGAGGAGGAGGUCGGAUCUUGAAGGUGAUGAUCUGGCAGAAUCAUCAGCUGCCAGAAGACGUCACUCGCGGAUUUUAAGCAGAUGGGCUGCCAGGCAAGCACAUGAAAUGAUUGCCACAACAGAGAGGAGAAACCGUGAGUCUGAGUUAAUGGCACUUGCUGGUUUGCAUACUGUUUCCAUGUUGGAUUCCUCAUUCUUAAGGGAGUCUCAGUCUCAGUCUUCUUCUCCUACCUCCAGAGGGAAUGCUGAGAGACCGAGAACUGAGAGACCGAGAACACGUGCAUCUUCCAUCUUACAAAUGUGGAGAGAGUUGGAAGAUGAACAUUUGUUGAACCGUGCACGUGAAAGGGUAAGAGUGAGACUCAGACAUCAGAGGAGUGUUGACUCGAACACAAAUGUUUCAAGCACCACAGAAGGUAGAGGGAGCGAACAUCAAGGUAGUGAGAACGAGUAUGGAAGUUGGUCACACGAUCAAAUGGAAGCACAGAAUGAGAGUCAAGACAACGAGGUGUCUAGCCGGGAACAAACUCCUGAUAUAGGUGAGGUGGAAAGGGAAAGGGUGAGGCAUAUUGUUCAAGGGUGGAGGGAGAGUGGUGUGAGUGUAACAGAUAGAGGUAGUAGUAGUAGUCCAAGAGCAGAAUGGCUUGGGGAAACCGAGCGUGAAAGAGUGAGGAUUGUGAGGGAGUGGGUACAAAUGACUAGUCAGCAGAGGGGAUCUCGUAGGGAGGAGCAAGGUGGUGAAGGGCAGCCGGAGCAUAUACGAAGGGAUAUGCUGAGGCUGCAUGGUAGACAAGCUCUACUUGAUUUACUUAUGAGGGUUGAAAGAGAACGCCAGAGGGAACUUGAGGGUUUGAUUGAGUAUCGUGCGGUUUCUGAUUUUGCACAUCGGAACCGCAUUCAGUCGUUACUAAGAGGCAGAUUUUUACGAAACGAAAGACCUAUAGAGGAUGAGAGACCAUCUUCAGUUGCAGCAAGUGAGAUGGUUCAGUUGAGACAACGAAACACAGUCUCUGGUUUGAGGGAAGGGUUUAGGUCCAGAUCAGAGAACAGCUCUUCACAGGAGAUCACGGAACAUGAAGACCAAGAACAAUCAGAAAUAUGGGUGGAGGAAAGCGAGAUUCAUCAGGUGACGGUGAGUGAUCGAACAAGAAGUUUGGAGAGCAUUGCAGCUGUUGAGAUCACAAAUCAAGAAGUGAAUAUUGAUGAAGGAGAUGAGUGGCGAGACCAGGUUGUUGAAGAUGAGAGAGGAGAGUGGCAGGAGGAGGUAAGCUAUAACGAUUGGCCUCAGGAGGCGACUUUAGUUAUUACUGAUGGAGAUGGUGCACAUGAGGUUGAGAAUUGGUCAGAAGGACCUUCUGAUCCACCAAGAAUGCCACAUUCUGGUAGUGUUAGGAGACCCAAUAGGUUUCACCCACCAGAAGAUGAUAACGUGUACAGCAUGGAACUCAGGGAACUUUUAAGCAGGAGAAGUGUUUCUAAUCUUCUUCGUAGUGGUUUUCGUGAGAGUUUGGACCAGUUGAUACAAUCGUAUGUGAACAGACAAGGUCAAGGUCAAGGUCAAGGUCGUGCACCCAUCGAUUGGGAUCUUCACCGGAAUAUACCGACCCCGACUUCACCAGAGGGUGAGCAGGAACAACAACAACAUAGGGACAGGGAUGAACAGGUUUUGGCAUCUCCUCCUCCUGUCCCCCCACCACAACCAAUCUGGCAUCAUUUGCCUUAUUCCAGUUGGUCACGUCACAGCAUGCAUCAACAUCGCUCUGAACUCGAGUGGGAGAUGAUUAAUGAUUUGAGGGCAGAUAUGGCGAGGCUACAACAGGGGAUGACCCACAUGCAGAGGAUGCUCGAGGCUUGCAUGGACAUGCAACUUGAGCUUCAACGCUCUGUCAGACAGGAAGUUUCGGCUGCUUUGAAUCGAUCGGAGGGUGGUGCUCAAGGUAUUGAUACGGAAACAUCAGAAGAAGAUGGAUCAAAAUGGGGUCAAGUCAGAAAAGGAACCUGUUGUGUUUGUUGUGAUAGCCAGAUUGAUUCUUUGUUGUACAGAUGUGGGCACAUGUGUACUUGUUCAAAGUGUGCAAAUGAGUUGAUUCGUGGAGGGGGGAAAUGUCCAUUGUGCAGGGCACCCAUUGUUGAGGUCAUCCGAGCUUACUCCAUACUGUAGUAGUGUAAACAGAGACAACAAACUCAAACUGACCCAAACAAAUUCUUUGUGUUCACUCAUCUUUAGAGAUUAGAUAACUGAGAGUGCUUCAUUUUUGCCUGACUACUGUUGUUGUAUUGAAUGAUUAUUGCGCACUCGUUGUAUAAUUGGAAUAACAUGUAUGUGGCUCCUUUUCAUUCAUUCAUUGCUGUGUGCA